AUGAGCGCCAUGGAAAGCGUCGUGUCGGUGCGCGUCGUCGGGCCCGAGGUGGAGCGCGCAAAACUCGCCGCGACGCUCCUCGCCUACGAAUCCCUCGUGGCGCGGCGCGUCGCCGGCGAGGGCGAGAAAGCCUGCACCGUGGGCGGCGACGCCUGGGAGGACGUGGGAUCCCGCGCGACGUUGGUGCUCGGCGAGACCAAGUACCGGGGUCCCGUGCGCGCGGAGCUGCGGCUCAGCGCGGGCGCGGCGACGCCGCCCGAGAGCAACUGCCACGGCGUCGUGCUCGUCGUGUCCGGCGCCGCCGAGGCCUGGGCGGACCGCUGGUGCGCGGCCGCGGACCGCUGCGACUGCUGCGUGCGCCUCGUCGUGGGCGUCGGCGGGUCGCCCUUCGACGAGGCCGUGGCGGCGUGGGCCAUCGACAAAGGCUUCGAGUACGUGUCGGGCGUCGACGUCGAGCGGCCGACGCUCGGGUACGACGCGCGCGACAAGGACGGCGUGCCGCGCGCGUUCGAGGCGCUCGCCGAGGCGACGUGGCCGGCGACGAAGGCCCAGCAGGGCGCCGCGCCGGAGGCGACGGCGCGGGCCGCGUCGCGCUCCGCGCCGGUCGUCGCCGUCUUCGGCGAGCCCGCGGCCGCGACGCGGUGCUUCAACGCGCUCGCGCUCCGCGCGGGCGGCGACGCGCCGACGACGGGCGACCGCGACAUCGUCGACCUCGUGAUCUCGACCAAGUACUACGAGACGACGGUCGCGCUGCCGCGGCCCGCGUCGGACGCCGUCGCGCGGGGCCCCGUCGAGGCGCUCGUCUGCGCCGUCGACGCCGCGUGGACGCGCGACGUCCUCGAGGCGAAGUGGGCGGCCAUGGAGGGGCCAAACGUCCAGACGCGCCUCGCCGUCGCGAGCCACAUGCCCGAGUGGCUCCUCCUCUGGGCCGUCGACCGCAGCGUCGAGGUCGUCAACGCCGACGCCGUCGGCUCGCGCGUGCUCGAGGCCCUCGAGGCGACCAUGUGGUCGAGCAUCGACGCACCGAAAUCCGUCGAAGCGCCGGAGCGGACGCCCGCCGCGGCGCCGGAGCGCACGUCGGAGCCCGCGCCGAGCCCGGCCGCGGCGCCCGCGCCGGAGCGCGCGUCGGAGCCCGCGCCGAGCCCGGCCGCGGCGCCGGCGCCGCCGCAAGAGGAGGAGGAGGACGACGACGACGAUCUCGGCGGCAUCGGGGGACUCGGCGACAUCGGGGACAUCAUCGCGGCGAUCCACAGCGGCCCCCGGCCCGAAGACCUCAGCGACGCGCAGCGACGCAAACGAGCCGCCGACAUGGCGCUGCGUCUGAUGGACACGCUCGGCAUCUCCGACGACGACGAUAGCGACUAG